ACGUUGCCGUCUCUUGAAGUUAAUGCAUACAUUAGUGAUAGUGGAUGUGUUUAUAUUGUAAUUAUGGAGAGAGAUGUAGAGCAGGGUAUACCUGAAAGCCCGGAAAACGAACCGUUACUGAAUCCCGCAAAUGGCCGACCACUUCCGCAGCAGCAGCCAGUCUUCAGACGCCCAUUGCAUCCCACGUUACAAAAGCUGAACUUAGAACCAGAGUCAGUUACAUCCACAGCGGAAUCCACACCCGCGCUCGACACAUCAGAGACUUGGCCGAAAAAAUGGCGCCGGAGUGACCGAAGGCUGAGGAGACUUAACACAGAACUUCUGGAAGCUAUAGAUGCACAUGAUGUUGAAGAGGCUGAAAGGCUACUAAAAUCUGGAGCCAAUCCGAACGCGACAUGCCGCUUGGACAACGUAUCAGCUUGUCACAUAGCUGCGUUAGUUGGCGGGGAUGCCCUGGGUCUGUUGAUCAAGUAUGGUGCUGAGAAACACCGCCUGGACAAGUAUGGAAGGACCCCGCUGCACCUUGCCGCGUAUGCUGGCAACGCACGACAGAUGGCCAUCUUGCUUGGCCUGUCUGAAGAUAUUCAGCUCCGGGUCAGCAACGGUGAUAUGUCGUUAGAAGCAGAGGAAGAUGUAAAGAAAACAUGUCAAAAGACACGAGAGAUGGCAAAUAUGCGAUGCGACCUUGAAGAAGUUACAACGCCGCUGCCGAAGAAUUGGAAAGAUAACAUCGACCACAAUUGUUUGAGCAUUAAAGGCAGUUUACCACUUCUCCAACCCGGUUGGUCUCCUUUACACAUAGCGGUGUCUUGUGCACGACGUCAUUGCACACGACUCCUCUUGGCAGCUGGAGCGAACCCCAAUAUAUGUGAUGAGAUUGGUCGCACCCCGUUUGACGUCGUGGGCUCAGCGUAUUAUCAUAAUGAAGAAAUAAACUCGGAGUAUUUCACAGAAGUCAUUAAAAUGCUAUUCCUUGCUGGGGGAAGACACAAUACCAUGAAACCUAAUGGUUUAAACGGAAUAGAUACCCCUCUUCAUGUAGCCGUUGAAUUAGAAAAUAUAGAAAGCAUUAAAGAUCUAAUCGGUAAUGGAGCAUCAGUCAAUUGUUUGAAUAAUGAUGGUCUAACUCCUUUACAUCUGUGUGUUAAAAGACGAUUAGAAGAACCGUUACAGAUAUUAGCUAACUAUCCCUACAUCGAUGCCGAUCCACUCUCUGCUCUUGUAGAUGUAAAAGACAAAGAUGGUCACACAGUAUUACAGACUGCUGUAGAAGAUGCUUGGGUCCCUGGUGUCUGCAUUGCUCUAGAAGCUGGAGCAGAUGUCACUCUUAGCGCAAAUGAUGGAGAAACCCCACUCCACGCCGCUGCUGAUUUAGGCAAUCUAGACGUACUAAUGGAAAUUCUUAGCGUAGCAAAAAAGCAAAAUAUUGUCGAUUGUCAAAAUGAAGAAGGCGAAACCCCAUUGUUUAAAGCAAUUAUAAACGGACAUGCAGAAUGUGUAAAUGCAUUGCUUGAACAAGGAGCCUCAAUCAAAAUAGAAUUACCUGGCAAUGUUAAUGUUUUACAUGUUGCAGCAGAAUAUAACCAUUUUGAAAUAUUGAAAUUAUUAUUAGAACAUAACGAUGGUGAGGCAAUUGAUAUGAUAAAUUCAUUAACAGCUGGUGACAGAAGAGGUUUUGGUCCGGUUCACUUUGCAGUCGCAAACAAUAGCGUACCUUGUUUCGAAUUAUUAUUAGGGAAAAACGCAGAUAUUCGGUUAAGAACUACAAGUAGUCCCCACUUCUCAUCCACACCAUUACAUAUAGCUGCGGUAAAAAAUUUCAUAGACAUAGCAAGUUUUAUUGUAAAAUAUGAUAAAACAACUAUUUUUGAAGUAAACUGUAAAGGGUGGUAUCCUCUCCACACUGCAAGCCAUCAUGGAAGUAGAGACGUUAUAGCUCUACUACUCCAAGAAGGAGCGGAUUUAUCAGGAUAUACGGAUGGCCCUAAAAAGUAUAGAAGAACGGCUAUCGAUAUGAUUUUAAAUAAUUUAUCAAAGCCGACCGAAUUUAUGGAACAAGUUUUUGAUUCGUAUAUCACUUCAAAUUCCCAAAACUUCCAAGAAGCGAGUUGUGAAAUCAUCGUAGAUUACAGAAUAUUAAUGCCUACAAUUUGUGAAAUGAAACAGAUGAAAGUUAUCGAAGCUCUCCUCAAAACGGGAAACAGAUAUGGCCAAAGAAAGCUAUUGCUUCACCCGCUUUUAGAAAGUUUCCUCUAUUUAAAAUGGAAAGCUCUGUUACCCUUUUUCUACACAAUAAUUGCAGUAUAUGCCUUUUUUGUUUUCUCACUCACUACUUUUUCGAUUUCCAUUUUCUUUUAUAAAGACACGAAACAGCACCCACCUCAAUUUCUCAAUCCAGGAGUUUGGGAAAAAAUUUUAAUUUUCUCAGUUUGCUUGAUAAUAAUACAGGAAUUGCUAUACAUUAACAAAAAAAGCACAAGAUAUUUUAAUCAGGUGGAAACAUGGAAUAAAAUUGGCUCCAUAAUCCUUGGUUUUAUUCUUCCGCCGGCAAAUCUUAUUUCUGAAGGUGCCGACUGGUCAAGACAUAUUGCGACUUUGGCUUUACUUUUGUCUUGGAUACAGCUUAUGUUUUUGCUCUCAAGAUUUCCAAAUUGGGGCUACUACGUCCUCAUGUUUGGAAAGGUCGCAGGGAAUGUCAUAAAGAUUCUUUUGACUUUUGCCUUCUUGGUGAUCGGAUUUUCAUUAAGUUUCAUGAUACAAUUCCGUUCUCAAAUACCAUUUGAAAGUCCGUGGGCGUCUUUUGUCAAGACAGUAGUAAUGAUGACGUCAGAAUUCGAUUACGAAGCCUUGUUUGAUAAGGAACAUUCAGAAACAUUAGCGACAUCCUUUAUAAUAGUCCGCUUAAUCUUCUUAGUAUUUCUUAUAUUGGCCGCUAUUGUUCUAAUGAAUUUAAUGGUCGGUGUGGCCGUCAGUGAUAUAAAUGAUCUAGAAAUAUUAGGAAAUAUAAAUAGGCUAGCAAAACAAGUAGAUUUCCUUUCAACGUUAGACAAUUUGGUAUACAACAAAUUCUUUACUUUUAUUUUACCUACACGGCUGAACGAGAAAAUAAGACAGAGAAGGAGAGUUAUGAAUAUGUUCACCAUACAUCCUGGUAAGCCGAGGUGGAAAUAUUACAAAACAUUACCUUCAUAUCUAAAAGAUUCUAUAUUAAAUAUGGCGCAGAAACAAAAGAAAAUCAAAGAGCAAGAAACAAAUUUAGAAGAAUUUAAAAAUAAGAUAAACGAAAUGCACGAUGCAAUCACUAAGCUUGACAAGAAACAAAACGAACAAAUCUAUACUGUUAGAUCGGAGAAAGCAUUGUUCCCUAAAAUGAAGUUCGACGAAGUUCUGAAGCGACUAGAUGAUUUAGAUGAAGGUUUAGAUAAAGUUAAGGAAAGAGUAACUGAUAACACGGAGGCAUCAAAACGUCCCAUUGAAGAAAUGACUAUGAAAGUAGAUCAACUCUCUUUCGAAAUAGAAAAUAUCAAAUUGUUUUUGAUUCGACUAGAAAGUAAACUUGAUAGAUUAAUCAAAAUGUUUUCCUCGUUAUUUUGUAAAGACGUAGAAAAAGGACUUCCCGAACAGGAUAUUUCUCCCUUACUAGUCGUUCCAUCUCUUGAAGAUGGAAGAGAAUCGCAUACACAUAAAAAUAAUAAAUACCGAAAAACCGACGACAACAACAUGUUGCUAAAGCUGAAAAUCCAAUCACCAGAAUUUGAAACAUGUCUACCAGACAUGACUCCAAUACCAGACACUGCUGGAUCCAUAACGAAGAAUAUCAGAAGGAAUGAGAGAAGGCUGUUAAGACUUAACACAGAUUUACUGGAAGCGAUAGAAGCUUAUAAUGUAGAGGAAGUUGAAAAACUCCUCAAAGAAGGCGCCAAUCCAAAUGUAACCUGCCGUGCUGAACUGGUAUCAGCCUGCCAUCUAGCCGCAUUAACUGGUGGUGAUGCACUAAGCCUACUCAACAAAUAUGGUGCUGAGAAGAAUAGACUGGAUAAAUAUGGUAGAACACCCUUGCACCUGGCUGCAUAUGCGGGGAAUGCACGACAAAUGGCUAUACUGCUGGACUUUCCUGAAGAUAUACAAAGCCGGGUAGAUACCGAAAGAAUGUCGCCAAAAGCCGAAGAAGAUGUUAAGAAGAUAAGCCAUAGCAUUAACGACAUGAUUAACAUGCGUUGCGAUAUUCACGAAGUAACUACAGAACUACCGAAAGCAUGGAAAGACGACAUCGACCAUGAUUGUAUGAGCACCAAAAGGAGCCUACCACUACUUCAACCAGGAUGGACUCCUCUCCACGUAGCAGUCUCCUGUGCCCAUCAACACUGUACUCGGUUAUUGCUAGCUGCUGGCGCCAAUCCCAAUAUACAAGAUGUACUGGGCAGAACAGCACUUGACAUUGUAGGAUCUGCAUACUAUAAUAAACUAGAAAUUAAUUCAGAUAGUUUUACAGAGAUCAUCAAAAUGCUGAUCAAAUCUGGUGGCACGCAUAAUUCUAUGAAAAGUAAUGGCUUGGAUAACAUUGAUACUCCUCUUCACACUGCGAUAGAAUUGAAGAAUAUUGCCAGUAUACAUGAGCUUCUAGGCAUAGGAGCGUCUAUCAAUUGUUUAAAUUCUUCCGGACUUACACCAUUACAUCUUUGUGUAAAACUUCAGUUAGAGGAACCUUUGCAGGUUUUAGCAAAUUACUCGUAUGCCGAUGAUGAUCCAUUUCUGGCUAUUAUCGAUGCAAAGGAUAAAGAUGGACAUACAGUUUUGCAAUUAGCCGUCGAAGAGGCUUGGGUUCCCGGUGUUUGCAUUGCUUUAGAAGCUGGUGCAGAUGUUACUCUUAAGGCAAAUGACGGUGAAACGCCAAUUCAUUCGGCGGCAGCAUUGGGAAAUUUAGAUGUCCUCACAGAAAUUCUAAGCGUAACAAAACAACACGGAAUCCUUGAAGUUCAAAAUGAAGAAGGCGAAACCCCACUAUUUAAAGCAAUAAGAAAUGGCCAUCUUGAAUGUGUUAAAAUAUUGCUAGAAGAAGGAGCUUCAAUGAAAGUUAAAUUACCCGGAAACGUUAAUGUUUUACACGUAGCCGCAGAACAUAGUCACGCAAAAAUAUUAAAACUUUUAUUAGAACAUCAACACGGUAAAGCGCUGGAUAUGAUAAAUUCACUCACAACAUCAAAUAAAAAGGGCUUUGGGCCCGUGCAUUAUGCUACAUUCAAUAACAACGUUGAUUGCUUAGAAAUUUUGCUAGAGUACGGCGCUGAUAUAAAAUUAAGAACUACUGACACUCCUUUUUAUGCAUCGACAUCGUUGCAUAUCGCUGCAGCAUUCAACUUGUUAAAAAUAGCUUAUUUUAUUACUACAUUUGACAAGUCAACCAUCUACGAGAUAAAUAACAAAGGCUUUAAUCCACUGCACGCGGCAAGUCAUCUUGGAAGUAGAGACGUUAUAUUACUGCUUCUUCAAGAAGGUGCAGAUUUGUCUGGAUAUACCGACGGUACAGGAAAAACAAGACAAACCGCUAUCCAUCUUAUUAUGAACAGUUUAUCGAAACCAACAGAUUUUAUGGAGGAUGUUUUCGAUUCAUACAUCUCAUCUAGUUGCGAAAACUUUGAAGAUGCGAAUUGUGAAAUUACAAUUGAUUAUCGAAUACUAAUGCCUACAGUUUGCGAAAUGGAGCAAAUGAAAGUUAUAGAAGCUCUCCUUGCAACUGGCAAUAGAUAUGACCAAAAGAGGUUACUAGUCCAUCCAUUGGUAGAAAGUUUUCUACAUUUAAAAUGGAAAGCCUUAUUGCCAUUCUUUUACACAAUCAUAGUAGUGUAUGCAAUUUUUGUAUCUUCGCUCACUGUGUUUAUUAUUUCUGUGUUCUUUUAUAAAGAUACUAAUGAUAGUCCACCAUUAUUUCUGGGUUCGACAGUUUGGAGUUAUUUCAUAUAUGCAUCAGUCUGCCUUAUUAUUUUACAGGAAAUCCUAUACAUGAACGUUAAAAGUUCUCGACACUUUUAUCAAAUGGAGACGUGGAUCAAAUUCGGGUCUAUUGUAUUUGCUCUCAUUCUGCCCAGUGCCAUCGCCGUGUUCUCUGAUAUGGAAUGGUCUAGACACAUAGCAACAUUAGCAUUACUCCUCUCUUGGAUAGAACUCAUGUUUUUACUAUCACGCUUUCCAAAUUGGGGCUAUUACGUUCUUAUGUUUGGAAAGGUAGCCGCUAAUGUAGUAAAAAUUCUAUUAACAUUUGCUUUUCUAGUAAUAGGAUUUUCUCUUAGCUUCAUGAUACAAUUUCACUCAAAAAUACCAUUUGAUAGUCCAUGGGCGUCAUUUGUCAAAACAAUGGUAAUGAUGACUUCAGAGUUUGACUACGAAGGCUUAUUUGAUGCAGAGCAUUCUCAAGAUCUUGCAACUUCCAUCAUAAUAGUACGACUGAUUUUCUUAGUAUUUCUCGUGUUGGCAGCUAUUGUGCUAAUGAACUUGAUGGUUGGUGUUGCCGUAAGCGAUAUAAAUGAUUUAGAAAUACUUGGAAAUAUAAAUAGGUUGGCUAAACGCGUGGAGUUUCUUUCAACAUUGGACAAUCUAGUAUACAACAGAUUCAUAAGUACUAUUCUGCCAGUAAAAAUAAAUGAAGGUAUUAAAAAUAAGCGCAGAGUUCCCGAUAAGGUUAUCAUAUGUCCUGGUAAACCAAGAUGGAAGUAUUACAAAGUAUUACCAACGAACAUUCGAGAUGCUAUAUUAACCAUUGCACAGCAUCAAAAAGUUUUGAAGGAUGAAGAAAUGGAUUCUAAAGAAUUUCGAACAAAAAUCAAUGAAAUGCACCAAGCAAUGAAAAAAUUAGAAGAGAAACAAAAUGAGCAAAGUGAGAUGAUUAAACAAGAGAUGCAACUUUUACAAAAACUGAAAAUUGAAGAGACUCUCAAAGAUUUAAAUUUGAUACAAGCGAUAGAAUUCAAAGAAAUUAGUAAAGAGAUGAGUAGUCCAUUGGAAAAAAUUAACGUAAAAGUCGAUCAGUUAUCUAUAGAAAUGGAAUCUAUAAAACAGACUUUAUCUAGAUUAGAAAGCAAACUAGGUAGUUUAAGAUAAAUAUUUGUAUAAAUAAUUGUUAAGAAAAUAAAUGAUGAAACAUA